GGCCGUUGGCCUGGUGACGGUGAUUCAUCAUUGGUGGUGGGGGCGGGGGAAGAAGUUCCUUCGGAGCCGUAACCCUGUGAGUAAAGUCCCUCGGUUGCCGAGGGAUCUGGAGGCUCCGAGUCUACUGCCAUAAGGCAAGAGGGCUGAGUGGCUUUCAGUUCCACUUUCUCCGGGGAGUAUCCAGCAGCGGAGCCUGGGCUGGCCACUUGUUGCUGCCUCUCCACCUGGUUAAUUCCCGUUCUGUUUGCACCAUCACGGGGACUCUUCUCGAAAACCACUCGGCCUUCAGUUCAAGUGGUCCCAUCCUUUACCUCCUGUGCCAGUUGUGCGCUGUUCAGAAGCGGGCUGGAGGCACUCGUGGCUCUAUUUUGUUUUUCGGAAAUAUGAUUAGUUUAAUUUGGAAUUACCUGUACAGCACUCUUCUGAGGUCCUGGAUGAAGUGGAUUUUAAGAAAGAUUACUGGAAGAUGUGAACUACAACGUAUUUGUGCCAAUACUGUUCAAGGAGCAGAGCGAACAAUGAAGAUAGAAUAUUCUUUGAAAUCAUCCAGAAACGAAGCUUUAAAGACAUCAGUGGCUGGCAGUGUGGAAGAUGUGGAGAACAGAGUUCGGGAUAUUAUGGUGAUAAAAAAGAUUUCCAUUCAGAAAAAUCCACACUUCAAGUUAAAUUUACAGAUUUGCUUGCUUCAAGUCUCUGGCUUUAAAAAACUUUUCGCUGAUGUAGAAUACCUACGGAAGCAACCAUUUGACUCUUCAAACAAGCAACAUGAAGAUCUGCUAUUAAAGUUGUGGCAGUUGAUGAUGCCCAAUGUAAACUUGGAGUCAAGAAUCACCAAACAGUGGGGUGACAUUGGGUUCCAAGGUGAUGAUCCUAAAACUGACUUCAGAGGCAUGGGAAUGCUGGGGUUACACAACCUAGUGUUCUUUGGGGAGCAUUACACCAAAAUAGCUCGCCAGACUCUUUCGCAUUCAAAUCAUCCCAAAAUUGGAUAUUCCUAUGCUAUAGUUGGAAUAAACCUUACUGAAAUGGCUUACAGUAUGAUGAAGAGUGGCUUACUAAAGAGUCAUUUUUAUAACCUCGUUCCUGGAGUUCCACAGUUGCAACAUUUUCAUCAGUUUUAUUGUUACCUAAUGUAUGAGUUUGAUCAAUUCUGGUUCAAGGAGGAACCAUCCAGCAUCAUGGAAUUCAACCAUUACAGAGAGCAAUUUCAUGAGAAGGUGAAACGGCUUUUACAAGAUUCAAAAACAUCGCUUACCUUGAACUUCAAAACAUAGACAGUAAUUUGCAAUAAGCCUGUGAGGUAACACUUGGAAUUAAUUGCAAGAUAUGAGCUUAUGCUGUGGAUCUUUGAUUUUUGAAUAGAUUUUUAACUUGUAAAUAGGAACUGAUUAAAAACAUUGUGACUGAAAUUCAGGAUGGAUCCACUUUCACUAUAAAUGUGUCAUCAGAUUUGUUUCUGGCUGCCUGGUGUUUGGCAUAAAUAUGGAUAAUUUAUUUAGUGACAUCCACAAAGCAGUAAUUGAAAUGGUGCUUCAUUAUGGAAGGAACUAUUCAAAGUGUAUAUAAAUUCAAAUUAAAGAGAUUUUCAAUAUUCCCUUUGGAGCACAGCAAGUAGCAUGAGUUUAUUCCUUUAACAUUUUUAAUUGUACCUUGUUAUUGCUGCUGCUCAUACAUGCAGUUUCAUAAACACAUCAUGUUCAAAGCAGCACUCUAGCUUUUAGAUUACUGAAGAUAAACAGCAAAUGGGGUUCUUUGAGAGCAAUUACAACACUGUAAUCUCCCCAGUUGUCAGAACAGGGCUUGGGUGGCUUAGCUACUUCUGAACUUUGUGAUUGCUGUUAUGUCUACUAUGACAAAGUACAUCCUGAAGUUGGAGGAUGCCAAGUGGCAAAAGGAAUUCAUCAAGGUUUUUUUUAAAUAAAAGCAAAAGACUUGCAGGUACUUGAGAUCUUAAAUAAAAGUAGUAAGUGCUAGUGAAACUCUUAACAGGUCUGCUAGUGUCUAUGUUACAAGAAACAAACUUUAAAUAU